AUGGCUUCGUACCUGGUCACCGGAAGCUCCAAAGGUCUCAACCUGGGCUUUUGCAAUAUCCUUGCUUCCAAGCCUGCUUCCGAGGUUUCAAAGGUUUUUGCAACUGCGCGCAGACAUACCGAUGCUUUGAAAGACUUGAUCUCACGGUAUCCCCAGCGCGUCGAGUUUGUAUUAAUGGAUGUGCUCUCCGAGGAGAGUGUCCAGAAAGCUACGGAGCAGGUUGAAAAGUCUCUCGGCGGCAAGGGUCUAGAUGUUUUGAUCAAUGGAGUGGGGAUCAUGCCUUUCGCACCGGAGGGUGUUCACACAGUAAAUAAUCUCGACUUCAUUUUGAACAGCAAUGUUUUGGGCGCCCAUUUAGUAACCAGAAAUAUUUUACCGCUUUUAAGAAAGGGAAAUUUGAAGAAGGUUGCUAACAUCUCCACGUCACUUGGCUCGAUUACACUGGCGCCGAAGUACCACACGCACAUGCCUACGCCAGCGUACAAGAUCUCCAAGGCAGCCCUUAACAUGCUCACGGUACAAUAUGCCAUGGAUUUUGCGGAUCAAGGCUUCACAUUCUUCGCCAUCUGCCCAGGGUGGGUGAAGACGGAUCUUGGGGGCGAAUUUGCCGACUUGACGAUAGAACAAAGUGUGAAUGCAAUCCUGAACGUUGUAUUCAACUCGACCCCCCAGGCAAACAACGGAAAAUUCAUGAACAUCCAUGUGCCAGGGUGGGAGAGGUCCGAGGGCAUCAACCAGUACAAUGGUGGUGAAAUUCCGUGGUAG